AUGGAUGCGGUGGAGGAGUCGGUGCCGUACUCUAGCAGGGAUGCGUCAGAGGAUUUGGCGGAGGACUCCAUGGAAGCGCCGGCGGAGGUCGCGCCGGACUCCAUGGAGGCGCUGGAAUGGGUGCUGCCGGACUCCAUGGAGACGCUGGGCUCGGUGCUGCCGGUCUCCAUGGAGGCGCCGGACUCGGCCAUGCCGGACUCCAUGGAGUCGCUGGUGGAGGUCUUGCCGGACUCGGUGCUGCCGGACUCCACCAUCGUUCCGGACUCGGUGCUGCCGGAGGACCAGCCUUCCCUUUGCGUUCGCUGCAGCACGACACACGGCGACAGUGACGAAGAAGGAUGCCACCUAGCUCGUCGCCUCGCCAGCAGGUGCGCCCGCUGCGGUUUAGUUCACAGAGACUACGAUCUAGCAGCAAAGAUUAUGGGAGACAUGGAAAAGUUCGAUUGUGAGGUUUUUAUUCCUGAUGUCAACGAGCUGCAAAUGGAUGGCGACACUAUACUUGUGCCUGACCAUGUUUUGAUUAAGUUGGACAAGCAAAUGGAAGAUGCAAAGAACAAACAUUUGAUGCAGCAAGACUAGCGAGAGCUUCGUCUAGCAAGGAUGCUUCGCAAGAGAUUUGCAAUGGCAGCCGUUCUUCUCUCUCAAGUCUUUGUUUUUGCAUGUGAGGAAUUUUGUAAUUGUUGUUUCCUUUAACCUUGAUGGAUUCCUUCAAAACAGUCUGAAGAGUUACAAAAAUUCUA